AUGGCCGUCUCAUCGACGAUCGCUCUCACCUUCUGGCCACCCCAGCCUCUGCAAUGUGCUGGCCCUUCCACAACCACCUCGGCAAUCUUGAUCUCUGAUAUGAACGACGACCCAGGCGUCCAGUUCAUGGGCGCCAGGUCCACCAAGCAAAUGUCCGAGGACUCCUUCGAGAAUGGUCAGUCUUCCUCCUGGCAUCAACACUUCCAUCCACUUGAACCGAACCCAGCGAGGGACCACUUGCCACCCCUACGAUACCCCGGUGAUGGAUUCGACUUUCGCCGGCCAGCCCGGGCUGGCACACCACAGGAGGAAGAGGUGAUCGACUUGACAAAUGAGCCUGAGACGCCCCCACAACGAACACAGAAUCGGACAUCGGCAUCUCAGACUCCAAGUAGCUCGAGGCUGCCACGCUUUGGGCGAGACAUCAUGACGGACGUGACUGAGGUCGUCGACUUGUUAGAGGAGGACCCAGAUAUCCCAGCAGAGGUCCCUUCGAGCAGUCCGGAGGUGCAGUUCGUCGGAGCCGUUCGACGACCGCCGGCCAAUCGAUCGCCACAUCAUCGCUUCGAGGGCUAUUUUCAACGAAUGAGGGCAACUCGCCCUCAUUCUCGGAUUUUCCCUCCUCAUCGCGAGCGGGCCGACACUCGUGAACUGCGAAGAGGGACCUCUUUCGGAAGCGGUUUGCCUUCAUUCACGGACUCCUUCCUCCUCGGCGAUCAUCCCGAUAGUGUGAUUUCUUUUCUCAACCUCAACUACGAGAGUGCAUCCUUUCCAAUAGGCCCUCCAAUCCGCCAGGAGCCUCGGACUUCCCGAAACACAUACAAAGCUCCGAGCCCCCCGCCCGCUGGGUUCACCCGGACACUUGCAGAUGACGACGUGGCCGUCUGCCCAAACUGUUCCGAAGAGUUAGGUGUCGGAGAAGGAACAAAACAGGAAUUAUGGAUCGCCAGGCAAUGUGGACAUGUUAGUACCUUUCACUUUUCCCUUUUCUUCUAUAUACUGACCACCUCAACUCAGGUAUACUGUGGUGAAUGCGCCGAGAACCGGUCCCUCUCGAAAGCCAAAAAGUCGGCACAGAAGACCAAGCCCUUCUCCAAGUGCCAGGUCACAGGCUGCGGCAAGGCUGUCAGCCAACCGACUGCCAUGAUCCACAUUUUUCUAUAA